AUGGAUGAUGACGUUAUUGUCGUAGACGACUUUGACAACGAUGCCGGUCCCUCAACACACGCCGACGCUGCCUAUACGCCCAGCAGCCGACCCAAAACUGUCGCAGAGCGCAACAUUAACGGCGCCGACAGCGGACCCAGCACUUCGCGCCUACGCAGCGGAAGUCAUGUUUCCACCGACCCGAACGAGCGGUCGAUGCGGUCCUCGACGCUGCGGUCGAAACCACAGCCGAAGCUCAAGCUCAAGCUGAGCGACAAGGCGGCGUCGAUGGCACCGGGGAUGUCUUUCCUCGGACAGUAUGACAGAGAGCUUGACUCGGAUGACGAGGAUCUGGCGUUUGAGGAACAGUUUAUUCUGCGUAUGCCUCCCGGAGAAGAUUGUGAGAAGCUGAGGAAGGCAAUCGCUUCGCGCGAAGUGGGGAAUGACAUAUGGUUCAAAUUUAAAGAUUCACGGCGCGCGGUGUUCCACAUUGGAAACAACACAUAUUCUGCCAAACUAGUCGACCUUCCGUGCGUCAUUGAAUCCCAAAAGACGUUGGACAAUAAGCAAAUGUUCAAAGUCGCAGAUAUAUGUCAGAUGCUCGUCGUCGACAAAAAGAUUGCAAGUGAAGAUCAGUUACAGAAGGACAAGAACUUUAAUAUCGACGAGUUCAUAUGGCCCCACGGAAUCACACCUCCAUUGCACCACGUCAGGAAAAGGAGGUUCCGAAAACGUGUCAACAGACGGACAAUCGAAAGCGUAGAGCAGGAAGUUGAGAGGCUACUCGACGAAGAUGCAAUGGCGACGGAAGUAAAAUAUGAUGUACUUGAAAAUGUCAAUCCUGACUUGUCAGACUCGGAGCUGAUAGAGCAGGAGGCACCUCUAGACGCGCCAACGCCUGCAGUAUCAGACCUAGGCGAAGGAAUGACCCCAGGUGACCUAGGAGAGGGCGACGAAGAGGACGACGGAGAAGCUGCGAGCGUAGACAAUGAUGAUGAUGAGCAAGAAGGGGAUAUUGACGAGGACCUGGCGGCCGAGCUGAACCUGGCAUUAGAAAACGAGGAUGAGGAAGAUGGCGACGAUGAGGAUGAGGAAGACGACGAGAGUGAAGAGGAAGAGAGCGAGGAUGAAGACGAUGAAGAGACGCAGGCGAGGAAGUUGCUCAGUGAAGAAAUACGGGAUUUGGAGGCGGCGGUUGCGAAGAAGCGGAAUGAGAUUGCGAGCUCAGCCAACCCUCUUAUCAGGAAACGCUUUGAAGAUGCUCUCAAGAAACUUACUGCUGAUCUGGAAAUGAAGUCAGCGCAGCGUGACGAGCUCAAGGAACGGCAGAGGUUGAAAAAAGAGGGUCUUCCUAUGGAAACUGUUGAGGAUACAGACCCAGAUAAUGGUGGUCAUGGUCCUGGAGGUGGUGGGGACGAUGAUGGGGACUUAUUUGGAGAUGAAUCGGAAAUGGACAUGAGCUAG